AUGGGCCAAUCGAGCGAAUCGAGCAGCCAGAAAGUCACUGUAAACUCUCUAAAGCUGCGAUACAAUGAAUUUCUCAUUAAAUCUUCUGUAUUUGGCUUGGAAGUGAGAGGUAUCCAACCUGUAGCAGAUCAUGAACGUACUCCUGGACUCGGACCUCUUAUAAACAUUUGGUGCAUCUGGAUCAGUGCAAACUCAACUGUACUCACUCUCUCCACUGGCGGUCUUGGCCCUGGCAGCUUCUCUAUGAGUCCACGCGACUCCUGCCUCUCCAUCCUCUUUUUCAAUCUCCUGGGCAACCUUCUCCCCGCGUAUCUCUCUACCUUCGGUCCUAAAUUAGGCAUGCGCCAGAUGUGUAUAGCGCGCUACUCGUUCGGCUACUAUCCUGUCAUACUCGUCUGUCUCCUCAACCUCAUCGGCAUGAUUGGUUUCUGCAGCCUGAACGCUGUUAGUGGCGCUCAAGUACUUUCUGCUGUCUCCUCUGACGACCUGAGCUCGUCUGUAGGGAUUGUUAUUAUCGCAGUGAUAGCCUUAUUCGUCUCAUUCGCGGGUUUAAGACUGUUGCAUACCUUUGAAAGGUAUGCAUGGGCUGUGUCUUUUCUCAUGUUCGUCUUCGUUGCCUCGUGCGCUGGUAGACAACUCCCCGCCAUCCACUCCGUCCCCUUCGAACCUGCUACAGCUGGAUCUGUAUUAAGCUUCGGCGCUGUCAUCCUCGGCUAUGGUAUGACUUGGGCCCCCCUAGCGUCCGAUUUCCUAAUCCUCAUCGAUGCUUACAUUGGUUUCCUUCCGCUCCUGCAGACCGCCUACAUUCCCGCACAGACUAAAAGCCUCAAGGUCUUCUUAGCCACCUACCUCGGCCUCAACGUCCCUCUCAUCCUGCUGCAAUGUCUCGGUGCAUGUGUGCAGGUGGGCGCGAAGGCCAUACCUGCAUGGUCAGACGGCUACGCGGCAGCUGGGCUGGGAGGCCUGCUAGAUGCUGUCAUGCAUCCGCUGAAGGGGUUUAGGAAAGUAGUUCUGGUCAUUCUCGCGCUGGGCAUAUCUUCCAACAACGCACCCACCAUCUACAGCUGCGCCUUGACUCUGCAGACCUUCCUCCCGCAACUCGUCUGCGUUCCCCGCUUCCUCCUGUCUACCGUCGCCACGGGCAUCUACCUGCCCAUAGCCAUAGUGAUUGCGACGCGCUUCGAGGACGCCCUCAACAACUUUCUGUCGUGUCUCGGCUACUGGUCUGCCUUGUUCGCGGGUGUGCUGAUAACAGACCACCUCCUGUUCAAAAGAGGCGACUUCACCGCGUACAACACUUCCCACUGGGAUAGCCCUCAUAAGCUGCCGUAUGGUGGGGCGGCUCUCCUCGCGGGUGCUGUCGGCGCCGGCGUCGUCGUCGUCUCGAUGGCUCAGGUCUGGUGGACUGGCCCACUCGCAGCGCUCAUUGGCGCUGGUGGUGACAUUGCAACAGAGCUCGGCUUCGUCGUCGCCGCUUUGUCUUACAUCCCUCUCAAAUGGUUGGAAAUGAAGCUGAAGCUAGAUAGGAGUGUCAUUAGAUAG